GUACAUUAGUAUCAAGAUUUAUUGUGAAAUCCUAAAUACAAUCAUUAUUUUCAUAUUCAGUAAAAAAAUUUCGACUUAGUGAGACAAAGACCCAAUAUGACCGAGACUUUCAUUUGGAGUUUUGCAUUACGAAACGGGGAUGAUUUCCAUAAGUGCGAUCUCUAGUCAUACUCACUCAUGUACUGUGUUUGAAUUUGUUGAAUUAUCAACUCUGCCUGGUGCACCUCUGGGGCUACUGCCGGACCAAAGAGAAGGUCUGGGCAUGGAAUUAGUGACCCUAACUCGUAGAAAACGAAAACGCUAACCGGAAAAAUAACUCAAACCAUUCAAACUCUGACCUAUGAGUUAGAUCUUUAUUUAGAAGAGUUAUGACGUUUCGUGAUGAAAGCCGAGUUUCUUUGGAAAUCACGAAGCUGAAAAAAUACAACCUGGAGGUGCUUGAUUUCAGUGAAACACACUAGACGCAGGUUGAACAACGACUGGCUUCAGGGGAUCUUUUAUUAUAGUCCGGCCAUGAAGAAGAAAAUGCCCCAUAUACACAAGGAGUUGCAUUGAUGCUAUCAAAACAAACACAAACUGCACUCAUAGGAUGAGAAUCUCAAAGACCCGGGAUCAUCAAAGCCUCCUUUGAAACAAAGAAAGAGGGCAUUACAAUGAACGUCAUCUACUGCUGUGCACCUACCAACGAUUACAAUGAAGACGUCUAAGAUCAAUCCUACGAUAGACUGUAGUCAAUCGUUGAGAAAUGUUCAACAAGGGACAUGACCAUUCUGAUGGGAGACGUAAAUGAUAAAGUCGGAAUGGACAACAUCAGGUAUGAAGAUAUCAUGGGACAUAAACGCAUACACAAAGCCACAUGGAUCACACUACACAGAACUAAGUCGACCAUAUCCGCAUCAAUAAAUAGUCCGGAAGGACAAUGCAGGACGUAAAAACCGAUAGAGGGGCUGAUACAGCAUCAGAUCAUCAUCUGCUGGUUGUCAAGAUGAAACUGAAACUCAGGAAGCACACUGGACAACGAAGCAGACACCACAAAACUUUAAUACGGCUUUUUUCAGGAUACGGACAAACUCAACGAGCUCAAGAUAGUUCCCAGCAGUGGGUUCCAGGCCUUUCACGAUCUACUCAAUAGAGAGGGAACUAAUAAGGAGGGUAACUGGAAAGGAGGCAAUCACUUCAACAUGUCAUGAGGUUCUGGACCACAAGAAGCACCAUCACAAGGAAUGGAUCACGGUUGAUACGCUGGAAAAGAUUCAAAAAAGGAAGAACAAAAAGGCAGCAAUCAAUACCAGCCGAACAAGAGCAGAAAACGCCAAGGUACAAGCUGAGUACACAGAAGUAAACAAGCAACUGAAGAGGAGCAUCAGGGCCGACAAGCGUAAAUAUUUGGAAGAUCUAGCAAUGGCAGCGGAAAAGAUUGCAAGAGAAGUAAAAUGAGACAAUUGUGUGAUACAAUAGAGAAGCUCGCCGGAAAUUGUCGUAAACCAGAACGAUCAGUGAAAAGCAAGGAAUAUAAAGUAAUCACCAACAUUCACAACUCCGCCUGUAGCUCUUAUAGGGUUGCUGCCGGUCCCAAGCCCGGGUAAAGGACGAUUGUUGCUGAACCGGAUGAAGGAUGCAGUAGACGCCCAACUUCGAGAUCAACAAGCUGGAUUCCGUAAGGAUCGGUCGUGCACAGACCAAAUUGCAACACUACGGAUCAUCGUCGAACAAUCAGUUGAGUGGAACUCGUCACUAUACAUCAACUUCAUUGAUUAUGAAAAGGCAUUCAACAGUGUAGAUAGGAAGACAUUAUGGAAACUUCUUCGAAACUACGGAGUUCCUGAGAAGAUUGUCAAUAUUAUCCGGAACUCAUACGACGGACUACAGUGCAAAGUAGUGCAUGGAGGACAGCUGACAGAUGCAUUCCGAGUAAGGACCGGAGUCAAACAAGGCUGUUUACUCUCCCUCUUCCUCUUUCUUCUGGUGGUCGACUGGAUAAUGAAGACCUCAACAUCUGAAGGAAAACACGGAAUACAAUGGACAGCUCAGGAUCAAUUAGACGAUUUGGACUUCGCAGAUGACCUGGCCCUCCUAUCACGUACACACGAACAGAUGCAGAUGAAGACAGCCAGUGUAGCAGCAGUCUCUGCAUCAGUAGGCCUCAGCAUACACAAAGGGAAAACUAAGGUCCUCAAAUUCAAAGCGGAGAACAGCAAUCCAAUCACACUUGGUGGCGAAACUCUGGAAGAUGUAGAGUCCUUCACAUACCUGGGAAGCAUCAUCGAUGAACAAGGAGGAUCCGAUGCAGACGUAAAGGCGAGGAUUGGCAAAGCAAGGGUCGCAUUCCUACAAUUGAAGAACAUAUGGAACUCAAAACAACUUUCAACCAAUAUCAAAGUAAGAAUCUUCAAUACGAACGUCAAGGCAGUUCUACUGUAUGGAGCUGAAACUUAGAGAACUACAACAACCACAAUCAAGAAUUACAAGUAUUUAUAAAUAACUGUCUACGCAAGAUACUCAACAUCCAUUGGCCGGAUACCAUCAGCAACAGCCUUCUGUGGGAGAGAACAAACCAACUUCCAGCUGAAGAAGAAAUUAGGAAAAGACGAUGGAAAUGGAUAGGACAUACAUUACGCAAAUCGUCAAACUGCAUCACGAGGCAAGCCCUAACUUGGAAUCCUGAAGGGAAGCGGAGAAGAGGAAGGCCAAAGAACACAUUGCGUCGGAUAAUAGAAGCAGAUAUGAAAACGAUGAAUUACAACUGGACGGAGCUAGAAAGGAUUGCCCAGGACAGGGUUGGAUGGAGAAUGCUGGUGAGCGGCCUAUGCUCCUUCACGAGGAGUAACAGGCGUAAAUAAGUAAGUAAGUACCAACAUUCACGAAUAGCGAAGCAGGUGAGUAGAGUACUUCAAGGAACUGUUAAAUCGACCAGCCCUACUGUACCCAUUCAACAUCGGAGCAGCACCCACGGGCCUCACAAUCGAUGUUGGCUCACCAAUUGAAGAGGUUAGCAUGGCCACCAGACAAAUAAACAGGACCAGACAACAUUCCAGAAGAGGUACUGAAAUUAGAUGUAGCGGCAACUGCAAAGAUACACAACAUUCUCGUCAGCAAGAAUUGGCAUGAACAACAAGUACCAACAGACUGGAAGGAAGGACGCGUGAUCAAGAUACCAAAGAAAGGCGAUCUCAGCAAGUGUGAGAACUAUAGGGGCAUCACUCUUCUCUCAAUACCAGUAAAAGUCUUCAACAGGGUAUUGUUAAACAGAAUGAAGGACUCCGUAUACGCCCAACUUCGAGACCAACAGGCUGGAUACCGUAAAGAUCCAUCAUGUACAGACCAAAGUGUAACACUAUGGACAAUCGCAGAACAAUCAAUUGAAUGGAAUUCAUCAAUCUACAUCAACUUUAUUGACUAUGAGAAAGCAUUUGAUAGCGCGGGCAGACAACAUUAUGGAGGCUUCUUCGACACUAUGGCGUGCCUGAGAAGACAGUCAAUAUUAUACGGAAUUCCUAUGAUGAAUUAAAGUGCAAAAUCGUGCAUGGAGGACAGUUGACAGACUCGUUAGAGGUAAAGACCGCUGUCAGGCAAGGUUGUUGUUACCCUUUCUCUUUCUCCUGGCGAUCGACUGCAUUAUGAAGAUAACAACAUCUGCGGGGGAAGCACGGGAUACAGUGGACAACUGGGAUCCAGCUGUACGAUAUAGUCUCCACAAAUGAUUUUGUUCUUCUAUCGCACACGCAACAAUAAAUGCAGGAGAAUACAGCCAGUAUAGCAGCAGGAGAAGGUCUCAACAUACACAAAGAGAAAAGCUGGAUUCUCCGAUACAAAACAUCAUGAACCAGUCGAAACAGACAUCAUGGAAGAGCGCUGAGACUAAUAUUUAUUAACAACCUUUGACCGUUUUUUUUCGUCAUACAUCAUUUUCGUCUCUGAGUAUUGUUGCAUCUAGUUCUUUUAUUAAAAACGACCCCUGUUAAAUGACUGGACAGUGCAAAAAAAGCAAUUGCCAACGUCCGGUUUGUCGUUAUACUGUCGAAAGCGGCAUGCAGUGCGAUGAGUGCAAAGGCUGGUACCACGAAGUUUGCACGAAUUUAACGCCUGCGGCUUCCAAACGGUUCAGUAAAAAGGGUUGCGUAUGGCUUUGUCAACAGUGCUGCUCGGAUGCAAACAGCUUGUUAACCGAGGCUAUCUCACUGGUUGAUGCUGCAAAAUGUACUUUAGCAAGCAUAGUCGGAACGCAUCAAACAGCACUCGAUCUAUCGACACGCAAAUCAACGUGAAGGAAACUAAGGUUAGUCCGAUGAUAGAUGGCUCACGCCCAUCAAAGAAGCAAAAGCAGUCUCCAAAGGGGCCUGCCUUAAACAAAAGCUCAAGAAAAGUAGGGUCUUCUGUUCCCCGUCUCCCAGAUGGGAUACAACAGGAAACACCUAGAAGCCUCAAUCGCAAGGCUCGAUCGGUUCCAAGCGAUAAGCAUAAACCGACCUCUUAGGUCGUCGACAACCCCCCCAAAUCGAACACUAGGUUUGACGCAACUGUUAUUGCUUCUAUCAACACCGUUGACGAAUGGGUACAGGUUGUAAGGCAGAAACAACGUAGCGAUAUAAAAGACAAUCCUGCCCCCGUAAAAGUAGUUGAAAAAUCGAAAGCUGAUCACAGCGACAGAUCAGAUAUUUUUCAUAGAAUCAAGGAGAGCGAGAGCUCUGAACCAAAAGCUCGUUUUGAGCAUGACAUUGUGCUGAUUAA